GAGCUUCUUACACUUGGAAGAGAGGAAGGGCAUCAUCCAUCCAUCACCAUGGCAACACGGCCGGGCCCUUUGACUGAAUGGCCAUGGCAGUGGAUGGGAAGCUUCAAGUACCUGGUCUUGGCGCCUGCGGCGUUGCACACUGCACACAGGUUGGUCACCAAGGGGUGGGGAGACAUGAACCUAGCAUACGCCACCAUGUUACCGGCUCUGCUUCUGAGGAUGAUCCACAACCAGAUCUGGAUCAGCUUGUCUCGCCACCAGACCGCUCGCAGGAAGCACAUCAUCGUCGACCGCAGCCUUGAAUUCGACCAGGUGGACCGGGAGAGUUCCUGGGAUGAUCAGAUCAUCUUCAACGGGUUGUUCUUCUACCUGGCCUAUGUAGCCGUCCCGAAUGUAAGUCAAAUGCCAGUGUGGAGAACCGAGGGAGUCAUCAUCACCGCGUUGCUUCACAUAGGACCUGUCGAGUUCCUCUACUACUGGUUCCACAGGGCGCUUCACCACCAUUUUCUCUACUCCCGCUACCACUCACACCACCAUGCUUCCAUCGUCACAGAGCCCAUAACCUCUGUCAUCCAUCCAUUUGCUGAACAAGUGGUUUAUUUCCUGCUAUUUUCGAUCCCCACGAUGACACCGACUUUUAUGGGCUGUGGUUCUGUCCUGGCCGUCGUCUUGUACAUCACGUACAUCGACUUCAUGAACAAUAUGGGGCACUGCAAUUUUGAGCUGGUGCCAAAGCGGUUCUUCCAUGCUUUCCCUCCUCUUAAGUACCUCAUGUACACUCCCUCGUUUCAUUCUCUCCAUCAUACACAGUUCCGUACAAACUACUCGUUGUUUAUGCCGUUCUAUGACUACAUAUACAACACCAUGGACAACUCAACUGACGAGCUGUAUGAGAGAACACUGAAAGGAACGGAAGAAACACCAGACCUUGUUCACUUAACGCAUAUGACCAACUUGCGAUCAACUUAUCAUCUUAGGGUUGGGAUUGCCUCUAUAGCCUCUAGACCCUCGGAUAACCCUGUAUGGUAUAUGUGGAUGAUAUGGCCAGUGGCAUGGCUGUCAAUGGUACUGGCAUGGGUUUAUGGAUCUUCUGCGUUUGUCGUUGAAAGUCUCAAUCUGAAGAAGUUCAAGAUGCAAACAUGGGCAAUACCAAGAUACAACUUCCAUGCAAAACAACUCAAUGGAAGUGGUGAACUAUUUACACAAAAGUAUCCAAAAUUAAGAGUUCGUCUUGUUGAUGGAAGUGGCUUAGCAACUGCAGUGGUGCUCAAGAGCAUCCCUUUAGGUACAAAGCAAGUUUUUCUUUGUAGAAGCAGUUCUAAAUUAGCCCAUGCCACGGCUACAGCUUUAUGUGAGAGAGGUGUCCAGGUAAUCAUGAACCAAAAGAAGGAAUAUGACAUGCUUAAGUCGCGAGUUCCGGAGAACAGCACUGUCUAUCUGAAAUUCUCCAGUGAUGAAAUACCCCAGAUCUGGAUAGGAGAUAACAUAGAUGAUAAACAACAACGGAGGGCACCAAGUGGAACAAUAUUCAUUCCUACAUCACAUUUUCCCCUUAAGAAGACACGCAAGGAUUGCACUUACCUGAGUACCCCAGCAAUGAAGAUCCCAGAGGCAAUGCAGAAUGUCCACACCUGUGAGAAUUGGCUUCCAAGAAGGGUGAUGAGCGCGUGGCGCAUUGCUGGGAUAAUACAUGCUCAGGAAGGUUGGAACAUGCACGAGUGUGGAGAUGAUAUGAUGGACAUCGAAAAGGUUUGGUCGGCAGCUAUUAGGCACGGAUUCAUUCCUCUGUCAAAAGCUUGAUUCUUCUGAAUCCUGGCAGAUGUGCAACAACAAUGCAAAGUUAAGCUUCGGUAUUAAAAGAAUAAGGAGGAUAUGCUUAUCCACAUGCUAGCUUCAAUGAGUAGGGUCCCGCAUAUAUCUAGAUGGAAAGCCAUGGGCGUGAUAUACAUAGCUACUCAUACGUAUAUACCGCUUACAUGUAAUGUAUGAAUAAUCAACUUGUAGACAAUUAUCAAAGCAGUCAUCAGACUAUCGUGAUCUUCAAGCGGUGUAGGAAUGACGUAAGCUAGAGCGAGAUCCAGUGACUUCGGGUUCUCAGCCUUUGUGGUUCCUCUACAUACAUCACAGUGGUUUGGUGCCCUAACAAGAUGGUGUGUGCAAGCUUUGUAAAUAAUGUGGA